AUGACGGUCCCACAAACCCCUACCCUCCCAAAGGACCCUCUCUUUUCCAGACUCCUGGAAAUAGCUGCUCAAAAAGAUGACAAAAUAAUCGUCAAUGACUGCAGCCGUGGCACACAGUUCGGCUAUCGUCGAAUCCUUGAUGGCACUGUGAAACUUCAACAAAGGCUGCAAAGGCUCCUCGACAAGUCUAUAUUGGACAACCCCGGCGGCUUCUACAUCGCUCUCUUAGCCCCGAAUGGCUAUGAAUUCAUCACUGGGGUUCUUGCUGUGUUGGCGAUUGGUGGAGUAGUUGUGCCUAUGCCAACAGGCGCACUUCCAGCCGAAGCGUCGUACAUCCUUCAGCAAUGCGAUGCUCGCUGCCUUCUUGUUACCUCAGAGCUAGUCAGUCUCGCUGCACAGAUCAGAGAGGAAAUCAAUAUUCCUUCGCUUCUCAUCGACGAGAGCACUAGUGAUGACGCCAAAAGUCUGUUUCCGGUCACAAGCUAUAUCCUCGAUCCAGCGCUCGCAGUUUCCGAAGAGAUCCCUAGUAUAUUAUUCUUCACGUCAGGAACGACAGGUCCUCCCAAAGGCGUUCUGCACGCCCGUCGCACAAUAAACAAGUAUGCCCGACAGAAAGAAUGGCCCGAGCCAAACGACGAGCUAUGCAUAAUCCCCCGAGGCGCAUUCUGGUCCAUUUACUUCACAAAGCUAUUCCAGAUGCUUCUCACAGGUGUUCGCAUUGAGGUCCACAAUUUCGGACGCAACUACAAUCUCAUCUGGGAGAAGCUUCGUGAGCAAACGGCCACCAAGAUCGUCUUGUCUCCGACUUUCUGGUAUGGAAUGAUGAAAUACUUCCAGAAUCAUAUUUCGGUCGAAUUGCCGGAGGAUGUGGUUGCUGAGUAUAUUAAUGGAGCCCGUUACCUGCGCGAUGCGUGCGCAACGGGGGCCAUGCCUUCGAGUCGAAUCAAGGAAUUCUGGCAAGAUAUGAAUGGUGGGCGGCCGCUCAAGGUGUUGUAUGGGUCUACGGAAACGCAGGAGAUAGCUGUUUGUGGUAUGGGGUUGAAAGGUCUAGAGGUGAGGCAUUGCCGUCAUCGCCAUCGCCAUUUGGCUCUGGGACGCUAUCUAUACGAAACGGCUAAUAGCUGGAUGCAGGAUGACUUGGGAACGCCUCUUCCAAAUGUAGUUAUGAAGCUGUCCGAAGGAGAAGAGGGAGAGGUUCUUGUCAAGACGGCGUCUCUAUUUCUUGGGUGCGUGUAG